UACGGUGGCCGGCAGGGCGGACAGCGGCGCCCAGGGUCAUGCAGUUGCCGCCCGCACUGCGCGCCCGCCUGGUCGGGGGUCCCGGGGCGGCUGAGCCGCUGCCGGUAGUGAGGGACCCCGCGGCGGGGAGGGCGCCCUUCCGCUUCGUAGCGCGCAAGGUGCGCUUCCCGCGGGAGCACGAGUUCUUCGAGGACGGGGACGUGCAGCGACACCUGUACCUCCAGGACGUGCUUACGCAGGUGGCCGAGGAGCCCCAGAGGUCCAGGGUGCCCGAGUUUACCUGCCAGGUGGCAGGCUGCUGCCAGGUGUUCGAUACCUUGGAGGGUUAUGAGCACCACUACCACACACGGCACAGACACGCCUGCUCCUUUUGCAAACGGGCGUUUCCUUCUGCACACCUGCUGGACACCCACAUCCUGGAGUGGCACGAUGCUCUCUUCCAGAUCCUGUCUGAGAGGCAGGACAUGGUGAGUGUCCCCCAGAGCCCACCAAGACAACGGCUCCGGCCAGCCCAAGGCUGGGUGCUGCAUGGUGGCGGACAGUCCUGGGUGCAGCCAGUGGGUCUGAGGCUCGUGGAGUACCAGUGCCUGGUGGAAGGCUGCACGGAGAAGUUCAAGACCAGUUCUGCCCGGAAGGACCACAUGGUGCGGCUCCAUCUGUACCCUGCAGACUUCUGGUUUGACAAACCCAGGAAAAGCAGAGGGUGCGUGAGACUGGCCACACCGGGGCCAUGUGUGCCCCUGUCGGCCGAAGCCCUUGGCGGUGGCGGCGAGCAGUCAGAAGGGGACGCCAUGGAAGUGUGUGCUGCUGAGGACGUGGCCAUCCCCUGGGGGGCCCCCAGUGAGAGCCGGGCCGUGGCGGCACGCAUGGAGAAGCGGACUUACAGCCGCAGGAUUCCUUCUACCAUAUGUUUCGGUCAAGGCGCAGCCCGAGGGUUUAAAAGCACCAAGAAGAGAGACCAGCGCCUCUGAUGGACUCAGAGAGGCCAACGUGCCCCUGAGGCCUCUCAGCAGUCUCCGAGCCGGGACCCGGCUGCCCUUCGCCAGGUGACUUCAAGGAGGGGGCUUUUCUCCUGCCCUCCAACAUCGAGCUGCCAGCAGAUCUGGUGCAGGCACCUGAGAGCCUGGGCCUCGGCUGCCCCCCACGUCCCAGUCACUCCGAGCUGAAAUCCACAGACUCCACCCCGUUGGACACGCCGGGAGGCCGUGCACUGCCCCCACCCGGCCCGGCCCGAGAACUGUUUUCAGACACAUAAGAUAAAUAUUCUUCAUCAGUGGAAUCUGGUCACUAUGUCUGCAUUUUUGAACUGGACAGGAACAUGAGCAGUUGUUACUCGUGAGUGUUUCAUCUUCUGUGAUCAGUUGUCAGAAAGACGUAUGAAGCAUCAGCAUGUCUUGGAGGUGGGUGGCCAGGUGUGGUGUGCAUCCACCUCGAGUCCCUGGAGCCCGUGGCUUUGAAGGAGGGCUCUGUCUGCACCCCCUCCCACUGCACAGUGGCCAUUCGCCGGGUCCUGGUGCUGGGGGUGCAGCAGUGAGCACAGCCGACCAGGGGUGACACCAUCAAGCAGAAGACUCAGGCACGCCCUGACAGGCGGUGGGCAGUGUCAGGAGAGAGGAUACAGUGUCUGGCUGUCGAAUCAGCGGGAUGCGUCUGGGCUGGGGUAGGGGCAGGGAGGCUGCCCUGGAAAGCGGGCAGGGCAGGGGAGCGGGCAGCCUGCAGAGUGCCUGCGGACCCAGAGUGCAAGCAGGGACAGAGGGUUCUCACUGAUGACCUUGACGGAGCUCAAGGCAAAAACAUAUUGGCAGAGGGGUGCGGAGCCUGCAGCAGGAAAAGCCAGUGGGGAUGUCGGGGCAGGCAGGGGCCAUGCCCACCGUCCCCUGGAGCCUGGAGACGUGGAGGCAGCUUGUCGGUGGAUCAGCUCUGCUUUCAUAAACUCGGGGUUCUGAGGACCAGGCCUGGCAGAGUGUGGACCCCUGGGGCUGACCCUUCCAGAGGCCCCGUCCCCACCAGGCACCGUGUCCGGAGUGUAUCAGCCGGCCCCUCCGCACGCACCUUACUCUGGACACCAGCUCUGGGGCCCAGGGGCAGCGGAGCUGGUGGCCUGGGUCUGGAGAGCACACCGCAGCAGCAGCUCCAGGCACUGAAAACUGAAGGCAGGUUGCCAAGUGUUCAAGCAAAGGAAGUUAAAACCUAAAGCACAGGUCCUGUGGCAGCGAUGGAAAGGCUGGGCGCGGCGUCUCCGCCGGCAGAGGGCGUCACGGCAUCUGUGCCUGGGACAGCAGGAGAGGCCGCGCGGGAGGCCGGUUCUCUCCCCAUCUCUCCCCGUCGCCCUGUCCUCUCCCUCCCAUGCGUCCUCCCUGCGCCGCGGUGAGCGCGGACGGCGUCUGCUGCUGCGUUUCCCAUCUGCGGCUGCGCCGUCCGGCCGCACCGGGACCUGUGGGCUUCAGCUUUUGGAGCUUCAUCCCCUUGUAUCCCCACCUACGGAGUUUAUUCUAAGGCUGUUUCUUCUCCUGCAAAAAGGUGGCCUGUGAGACUCGUGUGUGAAGAACGCUGUUAGUACAAGAUAAGCAAACAGCCAAGACCAGCAUCCCGGGAGACUAGCCUCCGAGGAGACGCCCCAUGUCUGCUGCAAGACCUGGGCGUGGUCCGGGAUGACCCCGAGCCGAAGCGUCCAGCACGAAAGGUGUUUACUGGCAGAGAGGACCAGGGAGGGAGACCACAGGGCACCAGGUGCAUACCACUCGAGGGCUGCCAGGUUGGCAUUUGUCUGUUCGUGGUGAGGAAACGUGAUGAUCAUGCUUGGAUUUGCGUGAACUGGUCAGCGUUUUGUUACUGGGGCCCAGAGCCCACCUGGGGGACCCUCUCUGGCCUGGCUGGUGCAGGGAUCAGCCCCUCGGCUGCAGACCCCAGUGUCCUCAGCUCUAAACGUUUUAACCUAAAUGCCCAACACUCCCAGGCCUACGAUGAGUCAACACCUGACCCUUCCACGCGACUCGGGCCCAGUUGCAGGUGUGCAACUUAGGUCCAAGUCCCGCGUGGCGCCCGCAGCCCCACCACCUUGGUUCGGUGUUUCUCUGGCCUCAGCCUCCGUCGGCGGCUGUAUCCUUUGAGGUCUCCUGGCAACAAAGUGUGCUCAGUGUUUGUUUUCUCCAAAGUCUUUAUGUUCUUGCUCUCGAAAGAAAUUUUUGCUGGGAAUCUAAUUCUUGUUUGACGAUUUUUCCCCUUUGGCAUGGAGAACCUGUGAUCCCACUCCCUCGGAAGUCAGCUGUCAGCCGAGUUGUUGUUCCUGGAGGGGUCUGUCCUUUCUCCCCGGCUGCUUUUGAGACCUCUUCUCUGUCUUUGGUGCCAGCCCCACUGGAAUGUGUCCGGGCAACAAGACCUCUGUACCGAGCCAUGUAAUCCUAAAUUACUUGAACCUGGGAGUUUCUCCCUGUAGAUACCGCCUCUGCUCUGUCCUCUUUCUUCUCCGUUAGACUUUCCCACACCAUCUUCUCUUUCUUAGCAGCUCUCUUGUCUUUCCAUCUCUCGUCCGCCUUUGCCACAUUCUGGAUAAUUUCUUCAGAUCUACUUUUAGUUCACUAAUUCCCAUAUAAACUGUGCUAAAUAUGCUGGUAAUCACAUUCAGUUUUAAUUUCAAUAAUUAUGAUUUUAAAUUCUUUAAAUUCUAUGUUGCUUUUCUGAUUUGCUGGAUUUUUUUGUAGCUCUUGUUCAUCACACUUUCAGUUCAUUCUUUCAGUUUUAAAACAUACUGCACUUAUGUCAUGCUCUGUGGUUGACAGCCGCUAUCUCUAGGUGCUCCCAGGGUCCGAGUCUGCUGUCUGCUGUUUCUGCUGACACUUGCAUGGUUUCUGACUGAACUCCCCUGGGAUUUGUCUGAGACUUUGGGUUCUUCUAGAAAGAAUUAGCACUUGUUCCUGCCAUUGGACAGCACCACUACCAAUCUAGGACCACUUUAAAAUAAAUUCUUGAGUUUUGGGCUC